UCCGCUCCAAAAGAAAUUACGUCAUUGUUAAAGCUCCCAGAAAGUGGGUGCAUUGUGCAAUGUAGUGUCUGUGGUGCAGCGUUGGACACAGUUACGAGUAGGGUAUGACUGUUGCACUCUGAGACACGUUAUAACUCUUCAUUGCUCACAUAACAACGACAGGGGAGGGAAAAGCUGACACAAGUGUGUAAAUGAGUAUGGAAGAUUAUGACUACCUAUUUAAAAUUGUCUUGAUUGGAAAUGCUGGCGUAGGAAAGACUUGCUUAGUGAGAAGAUUUACUCAGGGUUUAUUUCCACCAGGUCAAGGCGCCACUAUUGGAGUUGAUUUCAUGAUUAAAACUAUUGACAUAAAUGGAGAAAAAGUGAAGCUCCAAAUUUGGGAUACAGCCGGACAAGAACGGUUUCGAUCCAUCACACAGAGCUAUUACCGAAGUGCGAAUGCCUUAAUAUUGACCUAUGAUAUAACAUGUGAAGAAUCUUUUCGCUGCCUUCCUGAAUGGCUAAGGGAGAUUGAACAGUAUGCUAGCAAUAAAGUAACCACUGUCUUAGUUGGCAACAAGAUUGAUUUAGCAGAGAAACGAGAAGUAUCCAGGGAAAGGGCUGAAGAAUUUUCAGAAUCUCAGAAUAUGCAUUACUUGGAAACAUCAGCGAAAGAAUCGGACAAUGUUGAAAAACUGUUCCUUGACCUUGCGUGCCAGUUGAUAGGAGAGGCAAAGCAGCACACACUGGUUAAUAAUGUAGCAUCUCCUUUGCCUGGUGAAGGCAGAAGCAUCAGCUACUUGAACUGUUGCAAUUUUAAUUAAUUUGAUGUGAACAUUAGCCAUGAACUAGAGCUGACGGUUUGCAGAUGUAAUCUACGGAGAAGAAGAUCCCUGCAAUUCUUACCUUAUUGACCAAAGCUUGAGGUGGUUUCUGGGCUUCAGCAUGGCAGGUUGAUAUUUAAAAUAAAACACCAAUGUAGAAAGCUUUUACGCUCCGGAUUAUCUAAGUAAAAGUAACACUACAAUACCUAGAAUAUUGAACAUUUAUCACCACCAACUUUGCUGUGCUUUGAGGUAGCUUUGCCAAAUGCUUAUUUGAUGCACGGAAUUAGUCAUUUUGCUGCUUAUGAUGAAGGUGGUAUUAAUAGUUUAUUAGAAAGUUAACAAAAUGUAGAUUCUGUAUUUGAUUUGUUUUUAACUAUUUGGUCUUGAUCCCAUGCUUCAGAUGACAUAUUGGUGCUAGAUGAGUUUUUAAUUGAGUAAAUUUACAUUUGAGAAUAGAGGUGAUCAGAAUAUAUGAAAUUUGUGCAUUUUCUUAUAAGGUCUGCAUGUGAUCAACUAAGCCCUUUUAAAUAACCCUAUGUUGGCUAUAUUGCUGACCUCUGUUUCCACUGUCACAGGAUGUAUUUCAUCAAUUGUGUAGAAUUUAUGCAACUGGCUCAAACACUUUGUUUUCCUCUCAUUUUACAUCUGUUACUGAUUGAACCACAUGGUUCAUCUUAUUGUACAGUAGUUGUUUUUGUUCUGAUUUCAGCUUAAGCUUCAGGUCUGCCUUUGUAAAUUUUUGUUUCAAGACAUCAGGGAGGAUUAGUCUGUGUUAUGAAGCAGAGUCCUAACUUGAUAAAAAGCAUUUUAUUUGAUAAAAUAUUUUUGAGUUUUCUAUACAUAGUAAUUAGAAAUCGUCCCUAUAUAUAGUUGUUGUUCUUUCUGAACUGUUCCACAUCCAUUUCUGCACGUAGUGAUUUAUCCUGAGAAAUGUUCUCUCAGAUGGAAUGUUCUCUUGCCCAAAGAGGCCUGAUUAUAAGCAUCAACAUACUAUUCUUUCAGGAUUUGGUGUCAUCACCCCUGAAACCACCUUAUUUCUUGUUCCUACAUCCCAUUAAGACUGUUAGAAGCAAUCCUGGAGGAUGAUUUGGAGAAGGAACAAAUAGUUUUUGUGUUCCUACCCAAAGCUGGAGGAUACCUUCCUAAGGCUGACUAACUCAGUGCAGACUAAACAUUAAAUCUGUACCUUUUCUUGUUUAUGUAAAUUGGAUCAGCCAUUAUGACAGCUAAAACUUGAAUAUUAACACAUCAUAAUGUAUGGAAUGUAAUAUUUUGUGGAAAUUUGGUUAGAGGAAAGCACUGGACCACCAUAUUUUUCCUGAGGGGAAAUGAUUUUGUAAUGUUAAUUAUCUCCAGCAUUUUCAAAUGUAAUAACUGUCAAUCAUUGAAAAUACAAAGACAAGCACCAGAAAUGAAUUACACUGUUGUUACUGAUACCAAUUCAAACAAAAGUCUAAUGGAUUUAAGAAUUACACCAACAUUACUGACAUAUGCUGAACCAUAGUUUAAAAUAUUACCAUGAAAACCCACCUGUUAUGUUUGGCUCUUUAAAUCCUAGUCAAGGUAGGAUUUUUAAAUGAUUGAACUAUUUGGGACAUUUCUAUUACAAUUUUUUUCCUUAUGUUAUUAUGAAAUUACAGUAUCCCAUUUAGUAAAGAGAAUGGACCAAUUCAAGAAGUGCAAUUGCUUUUGUGUAGCCCAUAACUUGUAUCAUGUUUGUCAUUUCAUGUGUGUUGCUUGUUUUAAUAUAUUUACAUCUCAAUCUAUCAGGUGCAUCACAAAAAAAAAUAUUUUGAUGCUUUUCAUGUUCCGCUCGUUAGAACAAGUUGGAAGAAAUACCAACGUAAAGGGAAAAUCACUUAUUGUAUACAAACUGUAAAAAUGUUGUUUUCCCUUUACAUUGUACUUGCUUGCAAAUUGUCAUGAUUAGUGCAACAUGUAAAGCUUCAAUAAAAUAUCCUUUUUCAGCAAACUCAAAUUUAUAAUACUGGAACAGUUAUGGAAAACUGUAUACUAAUUAUAGCUGUUUAAGCAAAUGGUUAUCAAUUGCACAACUGUUUGAGAUGAUUCUACAAACCCAUAACAUGACUGUAUUAAACUGUCUUUGCUCUUCUAAUGAAACUAUUUUCCCAUGUAA